AUGAAAGCAGUGGAAAGGGCGAUCGGGAGUGAUGAAGCAGGAGGAGUGGUGCAGCAAGACGAAGGGUGCCAAUUCCUGGCAAUUGCUCCAAUCACGUUCGAAAGCGGAUUUUUUGGAUUUUCGUGCAUUGCUGUUUUGUUGCCAGUCGCCCAAUAUCGCAUAGUGUCAUCGACAGCAUCCACCUCAAUCUGCCUCCAAAAGAACGUUGUAUUAUUCAAGGUAGUGGAUGGCUGGCUGUAUACAGCAGGUGGUUUGGAUGACCUGGCAGGAGCGCGAGCAUUGCUGUAG